AUUGGAUAAUCUCUUGCACUUUCCUUUUUCUCAUUUCGUUAAAUUAUUUCUCCAUAUAUAUCAUUUAUUCUAUCCUUGGUUUGUUUUUUUAUUAGCAAUCUUGAGCACAAAUUUUUUUAGCACUCAUGUUUUCUUGAAUUUCUCUUCCAUAUCUAAUCGUUAACCAUCAUUAUUCAUUAUAAAUUCUGAAGGGUUAUAUACUGCAAUUAAUAUUUAAUACAAGAACUGUUUGCUGAUGAAAAUGUUGUCAAAUGCAUCCAUUGAUGAGAAGAAAAGGAAGAGUGUGAUGUCAAAUCGAGAAUCUGCAAGACGAUCAAGAAUGAGAAGGCAAAAGAAGGUGGAUGACUUGAUCAAUGAGAAAGUUGAGUUAGAGAAAAGGCUACAUGAAGAUAAUCACAAGUACGUCGCUAAAUGUAAAAUUUUUUUAGUUCUUGAAUCUGAGAAUGAAGUUCUGAGGGCUAAGAAGAUGGAGUUGAUACAGUAUUUGAAGUACUUGAACCAGAUUCUUAUCAGCUUUAAAGAAACCGAGUCCAAUGAUAGUCUUCAAGUUUCAGAACCAUUUAUGAACUUGUCUAAAGGUUUAUGAUCCAGUUCAGCCAGUCACAGCUUCUGCAAUGUGCAAAUUCUAGCUGUUUAUAUAUAU